UGCUACAUAGCUUAAUCGUUUGUUUAGACCAAAAUUAUUUUGGAUUUAAUUGUCAAUUUUAUAUUGCUAAAGAAGUAUUAAUUAUGGGAAACUCACUUAGUCCACUACUUGCAGAAAUGUUCAUUUACAAUUUAGAAAAUGUUAUACAUAAACAUCCUCAGAGUAAAGGAUUUCUCUAUUGGUAAAGAUACGUGGAUGAUGUUUUUGCUUGUUUCACUGGAACCGAAAGACAACUGCAGUCCUUUUGGAAUCAUAUUACUCGAUACAUAACCGCAUAAAAUUUACCAUAGAGAUCGAAUAAGAUAACUCUCUGGACUUAACUAUAACUAAACUACAUAACAAGUUAGAUUUUUCCAUUUACUUUGACAAUAAUUUUGAUAUUUUACAUAAUCCUUCAAAAAGCAAAAAACUGAAAUUGUUGGAAGCUACUGUGAUUAACAAAAUGGGAUAUUCGAAUUUAUCACUUAAUGACCAAUGGGAUUUAAAUGCGUCUCCGUUGUUAAAUUUAAAUUUAUAACCCUAUACCAAUAAUUAAAAAUCUAUUGCUACCUGGUUUUAUAUAUAAGUGUCGGAAUAUAGUCAUAGUUUGUAUUUGAGGCACGGUGGUGCCGAAACAGCCGUCAUAAAGCAUUAAAAACUGUGAAAAUCUGAACAUUUUUUGUUCUAAUUUAAUUUGUGUGAAAUGGAUUUUCAUUAAUUAUUAAUUAAUUUAUAAUAGAAUGCGGCACGGUGCAACCUAAACCUAUCGCACAUGUUAAGCUAACCCGAAACAGCCAAGUAUGGAGAAAUAUGAUCCUGUCGGCGAACUCCAUAAACAAGCCGGAAACAUGAAAUGUGUAUUUUCUGGAUACGAUAUUGGUCAGCAGGGUCCAGAGAGGUUGCAUGCACACCAUAGCAAUGAUUGAAUUGUCACAAAACGAUGGAUUAACAAAGCAAUUUGUUUGUAACAAUUGGAAGAAAAUAUCUAUGACUGUAUAUUAAAGUUAAAUUCCCAUAUGCUAUUCUCAAUUUGUCUGUAAUGUCCAAGAUCAAUCCACAACUUUUCGAUGUAUCCGAGUAUGGCAUAGAAGUGUCAUUAGUUUUUAUGAUAAUUUUGUUUUUGACAUUAUGUACCUGGGAGUCAUUUCUAAAAACCGAUAUCGACGAUUUAGUUGAAUUUCACUGCAGUAGAUGAUCGGACAAUUGUAUAAAAGUUCUUUAAGUCAGUAUUAAUUUUAGUCUCAGACUGCGUCUUUUCAUAAUCUCCAAAAGAAAAGUAAAUUUGAGUGUUGUCGGCAUAUAGGUGAUAACUACAAUAUUUUAAAGCCUUUACAAAGUUAAACGUAUAGAUUGUAUACAACAAGGGACCCAGUAUGCUACCUUGCGGUACACCUAACUCAACGGAGAGUGAUUCGGAAUACACAUUGUCGCAGAGCACCUGUUGAACUCUAUCCGACGAAAACGAAUUUAAAAACACGCGUGCACCUCGAACCCAAUGUAGUGUAAAAUUGAAAUGAGCAAUUUAUGAUUGAUCCUUCAGUAAAUCAUCAGUAAUAUCGAUCAAAGCACUUUCACAACUAAAAUCUUUUCUAAGCCCAGAUUGUUUUUGUCGGUAACAUAUCAAAAAGAGCUAAGAAUUUUCUUAUUUGUCUAUCAAUUAUUUUUUUCUAAAACUUUAGAAAGAGUGUUUGUUUAAAUUCUGUGGGGUUUUUUAUCAUCACCUUCGGUUUAAGAUUUUUUAUUAUGUAAAAUAUUUCAUCCUCUGUAGCCAAUGUAAAAUGUAGCUCUUGAUCGACAUUUUUUAAUUGAUUGUUCUCAUAGGAAUUGAUUAAUUCCUGAUCUGGUAUUUUAUUAUUUCCGACAGAGUUUAUAAAAAGUCGAUUCAGAUCAUUGAAAUUUCGCAAAUGAUUUGGUAAAAUAUUUUCUUUAGACUUGGUUAUAUUAAGUCUUUUUAACUCUGCCCACGUGUCCUUCGAAUUUGACUUUGAGAUGUAUGACGCAGAUAUGCUUUUUUUUGCAGCGUAUAAUAAUAUAAUUCGGAAUCGUUUAUAUAAAAGCUGUAGGUACCCUAUCAAAUAAUUAUUCACUCGUAAUCAGUGGAGAAGAAAACACUUUACUUUUAAUAUAUCCCCAGAAAUAAAAAUUAAGUGGUGUCAAAUUAGGUGACCGUGGAGGCCACUUCCAAGGACCAAUCCAGCGAUAUUCGAACAUUCGAGAUAAGCCACAUGAGCACUAUGUGCUGGUGCCAUAUCUAAUUGAUACCAGAAUGUUUAAGUAACGGUUCAUCUUUGAAUUUUUAAAUGUUUAUUCUCUUUUGCCAAAAAUAUUUGUUUUUUCUUUCUAUUUAAUAUUCCCUUUCUUGAAAGGUUCGAUUCAUGGGGCCAAAUUGAGGGUCUUCUUUCUUCUAAUAGCCGUUCAUGGUGAUCUGGGUACAGGGGCAUGAAACGUUGAUUCAGAAUUAUUUCUACCUACAGGUGAAGCACAAAUGUCCAUAUCUCCUUCUCCACUAGUUAUUGGUUUUGGAACAUCUUCUGUAACUUUAAUGUUUCCGAUACGCAAGGAGUUUGUUCCAAUCCUCUUGAAUUUUGUCUUAUUCGUUAGCGGCAAAUGGGGAUAUCGUACGUUAAAAACACGGCAGGUGCUCUCCGGCACUUCAUAAUUGUCACCGUGAAUAUAAAACAAAUUGAGAAUGACUUGACAUGUUCCCGUCGCAAUCGCUACCGCUUUUUUUGGCUAGUUUAGACAAACCUGUGUACCGGAAAAUGAAAAUCUGCAAAUUUAUGCUAUUAUAUUUUAUAAACCUGUUUGCGUUUCACCCUAUUUUGAUUUCUUAUCAUUAAUACAUUGCGAAUUAUAUCACACAAGAAAUAUCAAUGUGCGUGAACAUCUACGCUCGUGUGUAUUGCGGCUUGCCUAAGGUUUCGACAGCAACUUUUGUUGCUUUUGUUGUUCGGCGGUUUGUAAACCCUAUUCGUCGAGACCGUUUGAACCAUUUUCACUUUUCAUUGCGCUCGAUUCCCCGCCCCUUUUCGAAAAACUCCAUAAAUCAGACUCGGAGAAAGAAGCUUUCACGAAAAUACCGACGUAAUCCUCGAGGGUCACGGCAGUUUUUAAUAACCCUCCCCAAAGUUCGCCAUUGUUGCACGAUCCCGAGCUCAUUAGUACCGAAAACGGUCGCUUAAAAAGGAUGCGGCACUGCAAAAAAAGAAUAAACCGAAAAAUAAUCUCGCGCCAAAGUAAACGAAAUACGCCGGGGCACUUAAUUAAAUUCGCAGCAACGGCAGGAAACGUUAAAGAAUGCUUAUUGUCCGCAAAUAUUUCCGCAGCAGGAAAGAGGUCGGCGCCGCCUUAUUGUCCGCCCCCAACCCGCGACUCUCUGCAAGACGCGUCUUUUUUCAACGACGGGCCGAACUGAAUGCAAACUACUGCUAUUGUCCCAAUGCCGAUUCCUGCGGCACGAUAUUCGCGAUUAAAAUAACCCUGCGUUUGAUUAAAAUAGACUGAUAAGAAAUUCCUUUUUUUGGGCUUGCCCUCGUUUUUGACCUUUAAAGGAAAUGUUCCCUUUCUAAACGAGGAGGAACACUGAGGUCAGCGUGUGAAAAUAUAGUAGAAAAAACCGCUGCUGGAUAUCUGUUACCCGUUCAGAGAGUGAGAGUGUUUUUUGAAAAUGUACAUUUUUUAAAAAUCGCUAUUGCAUAUUUUGUGUUUCAAGAAAAAACAUUUCCGAAAUAAUUUUUUGAGUAUAAUUUAACGGUUUAAGUAUAAUUUUUGGAAAACCAAUAGCUUUGUAACAGGAAAAGUGAUUUUUUUUGUAUGGGACACCCUGCAUAUUUUCGGAUCAUUGAAAACAACUUCAAAAUUACAUUUCCAAAAAUAUAGCAACAUUGUUAUUUUGCUGGCGACCGCUUCGGUUUGCAGCGUUUCUAAAAGUUUGUCUACUUUAUCUAAGCUUUGGCUCAUAAUACAGAAAACCAACGUGUUUACUGGAAGCAAAAAGCAUUACUUAAAAUAAAACUAAUAUUUACAAUGAAAUAUAUCGAAUUUUAUAACAAUUUAAACUAUCUGUUAGGGAAAGAUUAACUAACAUAAAAUGAAAUAAUAACAAUUAGAAAUAAUACACCAGGACCAGAGAUUUUGCUACAGGAAAAGUUCAAAAUGUCAUUCGACAUGAACAUACGACUUUGGCAUUCAACAUUCUAUCAUUAAAUUUUCUGAAAAAGCAUUUAAUUGUGUGGAAAUCGCUGUUUAGAAUAAAAAAAAUGACCUAAAGUGCAAGUUAGUGUUCGUUCCCGCGUUCUAUUUUUCGUCAUAAAAUCGUUGAGAUGCGAGUGCCAUUAUAAUUAUGUUUUCACAUUUAAGUCACAAAACCCCAAUAUUUUCUUUUCUUUACAAACUUCUUUCUUUUUAUAGUACAUACUACAUAGUACAAUGUCAAUAAGGUUCAACAUCGUUUGCUGUCACUGCAUUCUCCCCCCCCCCCCCUCGCCCCCUCAACCCAACUUCAAAGUGUCAAGAACGAAACAAUUUUUGUAUAUUUACCAUUCCACGGUACUAACACAUUUAUCCACGGUACUGACAUUGUGUUGUAUAAAUUUAAAAUCAAAAAAUCGUUAAAUUUUAAAGACUAAUGUUAUUGAACCAGAAUGCAUUGUUAACUUAAAAAGUGUAUUUCUUUUUAGUUUGAUCAAAGAAAUAAGAAUUUAUGGGGUAAUUAGUUUAAAUCAUUUAUAGCGACAAAAAAAAUGUAAUUAUAUUAUAUAAAAAAUAUGAUGACAUAUACAAAUGAAAAACAUAUGACAAAAAUUUCAUUUGUUGAAUUGUUAAUUUAUUACUAUUGAGAACAAACAAUAAAAAAUCACAGUUAAAACAGAAUCACCCAUAAACCAAACCAUCAGAUCCCAUGUAUCACAAUAUGACGUGUAUCCAGUAUGCGUUUGUUUCCUAUAUUAUAAAAGCGCCAUCAAAGUACCUAGUCUUUUGGAAGGCCUGUAUCGAAGAGUUCGGCGGAAAACUAUCAAGUAGCAAGUAUCAAGUACAAACGUAAUUUUAAAAUUCUUUUCAAUGACUUAAAAAUUACAGGGCGUCCCAUAUAAACAACGAUUGUUCUGUUUAUACUUUUUUAAACUAUCGCUUUAAAGGAAAUUACAUUUAAACUAAUAAAUUUCGCUUAAAAAAUUAUAUUGAAAUGUUUUUCUAAAAAUGCAAAAUAUUCCAUAGCACAAAAGUUUGAAAAAAAUGUGCAUUUUUUCUUCAAAUAUGUGCAAGUGGUUUUCACCAUAUAAUUUUUUAUAAAAAUCUUCCAAUAAAAGUUGCUGAUAAUUGCGGUUAACUCUUACAGCUUGAAUAGCGUGCGUAUUAUUUGGAUCGCUAAUGAACGCGCCAUAAAAUGAUCUUAAACUAGUCAAAAUAAUUAAAUGGGCUCAAAGAUCGCUUUUCAAAACGUCGGUCAUUAAUGAUACACAGGGUGGUAAAGUGAAACUGAAAUUUUCGCAGAUACUGGUGGUGUGUAGCCCUAGAAAUUAUUAUUUUUCGAAGUUUAAUUAGAAAACUAAAAAGGAAAUUGAAGAUUUUACAAAUAAGAAUAUUUUACGCCCAUAGCUAGUGUGACCUAAUCUUUCCAAACAAUUCGAUUAAAAUCAGGACUGCAAGAUGGUCAAACCAUUAGUUCAACACCGCUUCUGUAAUUAAAUUUACAAAUCUUCCGGAUUCCUCCUGCUUCGAUUGUUGAUGAAUCGAACUCGCUGACGUCAGCAAGGAAUCGAGAAGAUUUGUAAAUAAUACUAGAGCGGUCUCCGGUAGAGAACAAGAGCAUUCUGGAGAAUAUCUUCGAGAUAACUAAUAUUAAAUCUGUACGUGCGUCCCUCGAUCCACACGAUCACAGAAUCUUCUGGAUAUAUUUUAUUAUAAAACUAAAUAAAAUAUUUUUAUUUAUUUGGUAUUUUGUUAAUCUUGCGGUGACUAGAAUGUUUAACGCUUCUUCCUUACUAAUAUACUGUUGUUUGGGCUUCUCUAAGCUUUCACAAAAUCCUUUUAUACUUUUGGCAUGUUCUGGAUGUUUUCCUAAAAAGUCUACGACAAACAAACUGAGCAUCUUUUAUUUAAAAUUGCAGUGAAUUUUUUUUUAGCUGAAACCAAUUACCUUCUCUAACAUAAAAACGAUUUUUUAUUUCAAAAUCGUUUCAGUUGCACAGGAAACCGAAUGAAACCUAACCACACUAAUGCAAAUUAUUAAAAAGCAUUUCAAUAGAAAAGCUUCAUUAUUUUCAAUCUCCAAAUGUAGAUGUUCAAUAUUAGCAAGCUCUUUUACUUUUUUUAAUGGCUCUUAUGCCAUUUUGGAAUUCUAUAUUGGUGUCCUUUAAUAUCAGAAGUAAGUCCCCAGUUUUCUAAAUAAAAAUUGCCCUUAUCUUGGUAGAUCGUAGCGGAUAAAUAAAUGUUAUAAUUUCGUGAUCGUAAUGCUCCAGCAAUUAUAUUCUGAAUCCUGUCUAAUAUCAAUUUUGUAAAUACAAAAACCAAGAUGUUGAUGUAGUUUUACCUAAUUUGUUCAUUUUAUGAUUAUAUUUCUGAUAAAAAUUCGACUUACUUAGUCAGUAUUAGGCAAUCAUAUAACAAAAAUGUUUACUAAAGUCAAUAUACUACAUUUUUUUUAUGUUUGCUUUUCAUUGGCAUUUCAUUUAAAUACUAGUAAAAUUUGUAGUCAAAAUUUAACGCAUAACGCAUCACCCAAAGUUACAAUAAAAUAAUAAUUAAGUUUAAAUUAAUUGUGUGAAUUUAAUUUUACAAAAUAUAAAGAAAAUUUUUUAGUCUAUGUCUCUGAUAUUAUACUAAGCCUGUGCGGCAGCCAUCUUUUUCUGGUCGGUCUAUUGAUGUUUUGCCACCUGGUUUCUCAAAAAGUGCUAAUCUGUGGUCUUCUUACCACAUAACCUUAUUCGAUUAGUAACGGAACGCUUAAAUAUUUCCAAAACUGCCAAAGCGAGAGAUAAAAUUCAAUAUCAGAAUUCAAAAAUGCUAACGGCAAUGUUGUCAGAUUUACCAAUUAACAUCUACGACUUUUGGAGGUUUCUGAACAUGGGAAAUUUUAGAAGGCAACAUUGCUGUUAGCAUUAUUGAAUUCGGCAUGUUCAAAAACCAGGCAUUGAAUUUUAUGGUUCCAGCUUUGGCAGUUUUGGAGAUAUUUAAGCGUUUCGGUUUUCAUUCCCUUGGUUUCCCCCCCCCCUCUAUUUUUCUUUCUUCGCCGAGAGUUUAGUGCAUACCAUCGAGGACAGUAGGGGUACACACAUAAUUUGGUCAUUCGAGCCGGAUUCAUCAUCCGCUUUAUCUCCAUCACAUUUGCCAGUAUUCUUGCUGAGAAAUAACGACUUACUUAAACCUUAAAGCCCUGUACUUCUAUACGCAAGGCAGAGUAGCCCGAAGUAAUUAUUUUAACGCAGUUUCCUGUUUGAAGCGUUCUUUAGCGAGCCUUCCCAAACUUAGCCGCACAAAUACUCACUGGAUUUUUGCAGAUCGAAAACUGCGACGAACGAUGAGAGAAACGACGACGAGGCGAUACGUCUUGAUAAACCAGUGGCGUGCGCGUGGCGACUACAAACUCGUGACAAUAUGCGGUGAAGUGUAAAGAAUAUGCGCGCAAAAUUGAUAAUCUCAGGCGACGGCAGGGAAAGACGCCUCUUUCUCUACACGUAAUCGUACCCCCUUCGCCCCCCCCAUGUCGCCGAGCAACGAAUUACCCUCCACCGCCGCCCCCACGUACAUAUCGUCGCGGGUUUGAACACCACCACCUUAGAGAAACCACAUAUCAUGAGAGAUUCUAUCGCCUGUUAAAACGAAAUGUAGCGAUUAGUUCUGUUGUUCUUGUUGUUUGUUAUUUGUUAACGAUGAGUGAGAGACGCGUCGCGAGUGACACUGACAAUAUGGCGCCCGCGGUCUCCCACCACGCGUACCAAGACUCCAACGUCGACUACGUCAUCAACGAGUACAUGGACCGGCUCGGGACGAGGCUCAACAUCCUCGAAACCGAGCUGAAAUACGCGUGGCGCGCUCUGGACCUCCUCUCACAGGAGUACAUCAAGAUGUGGGAACGGCUCGAGAAACUCGAGGGUCUCCUCUACGAGCAGCAGAGCGUCAUCUCCCAACUGCUGGACUUUUACACGUCGGGCAGCACUCGGGGACCCACCGCGUCUGUGCUCGAAGGCAGACUGAGCGAGCUCGAAGUGAUCAGGGAGAUCCUAGGCAACGGUACCGUCGAGGACGGCCUCGAAGAAGGUCUGGACGUGUCGAGGUCCCAGCCGGAUAUCCAAGAGGUGGACGAGGCUUUCUACCGGAGCCUGAACCAGGCGUACCAAGACGAGUUGGUAAACUGCGACGCGGCGACGUGCCAACAGAGCCAGCUCGAUAUGAUCUGGGAGGAACCGGAAGAUCCCGCCGACAAGAACAAAGCGCAAACGGAGGAACGCGAGGAAAUCUACAGCGCUUUGGACUACAAGGAUUACCGCGGGAAUUCGUCGUGCGUCAGCGAUCAGGAUAUCGCCGAAUUGUCCCGCAUAGAUUCCAUAGACCACAUGGCGAUAGAGAAACUGAACGAGCUGGACCGGUUGAGCAGCAAGCUGCAGCAGGACAGCGUCAAUAUAAAACACCUGCAGAGGAAACUGCUCGAGUCGCCAAUCGCCGGCGAAAUAAAACCGUCUACUGAGAACGAAAACUGGUCUUUUACGAGCAACGUCCGCGACCACGAGGAUCUGAUGAUGUUGGCCAAGAGCGACCUCUCCAACUCCCUGUCCAACGUGUUUCUCUCGACGCGACCCAACUCGAGACUAUCCGUCACCGAUACGGACAAAGAGGUAGCGGACACUUUGGCGGGAGGUCUUCGUACGCCGACAUCGCCUAGGAGGAGGCAGAUCGAACACUCGAGCGCUCCCUUUUCAACGGUCGACGGCCGAUUGGCUUACAGCGCGGCGGUGCAGCACGUAGAAGCGGCAGCGAGGAACUCCAAAAACCCGUUUUACUGUAUGGAGUCUCUGACGACGACGCCCGUCGUCUACAGCGCGUUUCAAAUGGACAAAACGCCCUCGCCCACGUUAUCCAUCUGCAGCGUCCGCACCAGGAAAGACGGUUACUUGGAGCCGGAGGAAAAACGCAAAUCUCCCAGUCCGCCGCCGCCCGCUCCGUGCGAUUUCACGCCCGACCCUCCGAAGAACGUCUUCCUGGACGCGGCGGACGCGUCAAUUAUAGAGCCGUCGCGGCUCAGUCCGAAGCCUCACUCGCCGAGGUCGCCCAAAACCUCGCCCAAACGUAGCAAAUCGCUCUCGCAGAAGUCCGACUCGGGACUAUCGUCGAUGAGCGGCUGGUCGAGUCUAGAGAAGUCCCCGGGGUCGCCGAAAAACGGACCGACGAGGGCGUGUUACAACUAUUUCAACUACACCAACCGUCCGUCGUCUCCGAACGGAAGAAGCAGGUGCUACGCGGAGUCCUGCGUCGACUCCAAGAUACUGCCCGGCGGUCACCAUCUGUCCGCGUUCACCAACGUCAAGUCCCCUAGCAACGUCCAGCUCGAAGGAUACGGCACGUUCGUGCCCGCGCCUGCCCCCGCCUCCGACAUCAACGUCAGUCCUAACAAGAGCAAGAGUGGGGAAGAACCCGUUCAGGAUUUUUUUUACGCCAACGAACAACAGCCGGCCAUCUAUUCGGUAGCCGGCAGCAACAAAAAGGACUCCUAUACGUCCGUCUACACGAGCAACAGCGCCGACUACAUCAACCAAACGGUACACUAUCCCGACCUGAUAGAGCCGUACGAGAGCAACGAAUUUUUCAAGGCGCAGCCUUCGGUUCCUAGCGAGCAGCAGCGCAGACGAUCAUUGUCGCGUUCGUUUUCCACCAGCAAACCGCCCGACGGCGUAGCGAACCACGAGGGUUACAAGACGGCGAUGUACCGCACCAUGUUUCCCACGGGCAACAUCACCGACGCCUUAUCGUACUAUCCGACGUCGUCGCGGUACGCUUUUCCGCAGGAGGCGCAAGACAAUGCGAGCACCUCGAGCUCGAUCAAGUCCUCGGAAACGCACAGCCCGUACCCGGAAAGGCGUUACCAGCAACAGCCAAUUUACGAAAACCAACAGGAGAUCGACCAACACAACUGGACGCAACGUCAAGACUUGGACCUGGACUUGAGGAACAGGAACGUGCCGGAAUACGUGGUCGAGCAGCAGCAAGGAGCGUCGUACUACGAAUCUAGCGGCGUCAUCAUGACUCAGUCGGGCUACAUCACCAUUUCCAACACGGAACGACCGUCCAAGGAGGAAAAAUCGAAGAAACUGAAACGGGGCAACACUCUCAAGUCGGCGAUGCACUCGGUGAGCAAUUGGCUACCCGACCUCCACUUGACCAAACGUCACAGGUCGUACUCUUUGCCCGGGGGGAUCAAGAAGGAGGACGUGCCCAAAAGUGGCACGCGGAAAAAGAAAAAGAACCCGAUAGUGUCGACGGUGUCUGGCAUCCUGCAGAAGGCUCGCAGGAAAAGCACCUCGCAUCAGUCGUUAUCCGAUCCGGAGCAGUCGGAGAGCGAAUGGGUGAUCAGACGCGCGUGCUCGGUUGCCUCGGAAGACGAUCGUAGCGAGGACAGCUGCAGCGUAUCGGAAAGGGAGCUGUUUUCGAAAAUCUCGAGACACGACGAAGAAGAUAGCCAACUGCAGACCGUGUUCGAACCGGUCAGGUCGCCCAGGGAGAAUCCGGAAAGUAGCGCGGAGGAAGUGUACUCCGCCAAGAGUACCGGCAGCGGUUCCAGCAACAUUUUCACGACGGUGGGGGAGGCGAAGAGGAGCAGUUCGUCGGAGAAGAGCGACGAGACCGUCAUCACCGACGGUAAAAUGGUCGUCGUCGUAGCCGGUUCUUCGAUGGAGUUUGCGGUUUCGCGUGCCCUCGGGAAGUACCGGCAGAGACAGUCCAAUUCGUUCUCCGACGAUCAGAUGCCCAACGAGAGCGAAGACGAUGGCGUAAAAAUCGAGGAGGUUGAGAAAAAGGACGAGAGACAGAGCAGCGUGGAAACGACCGCCGAAGACAGUCCGGUACUUCGGUCCCACGCGAAUCGGUUUUUUCCGAAACACCAGCAGAGCUUGGAAAUCCCCGGCCAUAGGGGCGAUGACGAGGACAGCAGGAGCACGCAUUCGUGGCGCAGCACGUCAAGAGUGUCGUCCAGGAGACAGAGCACGGAGGACAGUAUCGAUAGCGAGGACGAGUGGUACUGUUACGAGCUGAGAAAGUUGGAGGAGAUGGAAAGGCAGACCCAAUUGGAAGCGGAGAUGGGUUCGACGCUGCACGAGGAACCGGAACCGGAAGACGACAACUACGAACCGGAAGAGGAAGUCAAGGAGAAGAUGUCGUUCGUGCUACGCGAGUUACGCAUGAAAGCGAAGGUCGUCGAGGGGGUGCUGGACGAAAAGGACAACAAUCUACACGUGAUAAACUCGGCGAAGCGUCGCGAGCAACGUGGCUCGUUUCAUUUGGACCAAGCGGCGUCGCUCUUCGAAAAGAUCAAGGUCUAUCACCACGACUCGCAGGAUAAGUUGGACGUGCAGGAAUCGAUGCAGGGGAAAGACGUCGACCGGGAGGAGGAGCAUUCCUCGGGCGAGACGUCGGGUCCGGAUAGUCCCCACCAUAGCACCGAUGAGUACGAGGAAUCGGAAACGAGAGGCGGCACGGAGCAAGAGGACAAGUCCAAGGAGGAAGACGAAUUCGUACACGCUUCGGUGCCGAAAAUAGAGGUCGAUUCCGCUACGCCGAACAAAGAGGAAGCACCCAAGGAGAGUCCCGGUCAGGGCAGCAAGUGGAAACUGCUGAAAACGUUGAAGGAGAAAAAAGCGGAGGAGAAAAAUAGCCAGGUGAAAGUGACGACGGAGUCGGCACCCGUCGACAAGGAGAAGAAUGGCUCGAUCGGAGGAGACGCUGGGGUCCGCGGAAACAUGCCGGGGGACAACACUUUCUACAGCAACAUCGACAUCAAGCCGGACAUCAGACCGGCUCGUCGAAAACAAACCCUGGUGUCCGAGCUGACCAUGGCGCAGACGAAAAGAAAUGCAGGCCUGACAUCGGCAGUGCCCAGGGCGACUCUGAACGACGAAGAGCUGAAAAUGCACGUGUACAAGAAGACCCUUCAAGCCUUAAUUUACCCGAUAAGUUGUACGACACCCCACAAUUUCGUGCCUUGGACCGCCACGUCGCCGACCUACUGCUACGAGUGCGAGGGGCUGCUUUGGGGCAUCGCCAGGCAGGGAGUGAGGUGCACCGAAUGCGGCGUAAAGUGCCACGAAAAGUGCAAAGACUUGCUCAACGCCGACUGUUUGCAGCGGGCGGCGGAAAAAAGCUCGAAACACGGCGCGGAAGAUAAGGCCAACAGCAUCAUUACCGCGAUGAAGGAACGGAUGAAGCAGCGGGAACGGGAGAAACCCGAGAUCUUUGAACUCAUCAGAACAACAUUUUCGGUGGAUCCCGACACACAUAUCGAUUCGAUCGAGCAAGCGAAACAAAUGACAAUUGAGGGAACGAGCAAGUGGUCUUGCAAGAUCGCUAUCACAGUGAAGUCGGCUCAGGGAUUGAUCGCCAAGGACAAGAGCGGCACCUCGGACCCUUACGUGACCGUGCAAGUCGGUAAAGUGAAGAAACGCACCAGAACUAUGCCUCAAGAACUGAACCCAGUAUGGGAUGAGAAGUUUUACUUCGAGUGUCACAAUUCAUCCGACCGGAUCAAAGUCCGAGUGUGGGACGAAGACAACGACCUUAAGAGCAAGCUGAGACAGAAGCUGACCAGAGAAUCGGACGAUUUUCUGGGGCAAACCAUCAUCGAGGUACGCACCCUGUCCGGUGAGAUGGACGUCUGGUACAACCUCGAGAAGCGUACGGACAAGUCUGCUGUUUCCGGAGCGAUCCGUCUCCACAUCUCCGUCGAAAUCAAAGGCGAGGAGAAGGUCGCGCCUUACCACGUGCAGUACACGUGCCUUCACGAGAAUCUGUUUCACUACCUGUGCGAACAAAACAGCGGCAUCGUCUCCUUGCCCCUCGCGAAAGGCGACGACGCCUGGAAAGUCUACUUCGACGAGGCUCCGGAGGAGAUUGUCGACGAAUUCGCCAUGCGAUACGGCAUCGAGUUUAUCUAUCAGGCAAUGACGCACUUUCACUGUCUGUCGACGAAGUACCUGUGCCCUGGUGUACCUGCGGUGAUGAGCAUGCUUCUGGCCAACAUAAACGCAUACUACGCGCACACCACCGCGUCUACGGCAGUGUCGGCUAGUGACAGAUUCGCCGCGUCCAAUUUCGGGAAAGAGAAGUUCGUUAAGCUACUCGACCAGUUGCACAACUCGUUACGCAUCGACCUGUCGAUGUAUCGCAACAACUUCCCCGCAUCCAGUCCCGACAAGUUGAUGGAUUUGAAGUCUACCGUCGAUUUACUCACUAGCAUCACGUUCUUCCGGAUGAAAGUCCAAGAGCUGUCCAGCCCGCCUAGGGCGAGUACCGUCGUCAAAGACUGCGUAAAAGCCUGUCUCAGAUCCACGUACCAGUUCCUGUUCGAAAACACAUACGAGCUGUACAACCGGGAGUUCCAAGCGGAUCCCAAUGAGCCGAAACGUGACCCCGAAGAUCACGGCCCGAGAUUGGACAGCGUCGACUUCUGGCACAAACUCAUCGCGCUCAUCGUAUCGGUGAUCGAGGAAGACAGGAACAGCUACGGUCCCGUGCUCAACCAGUUCCCGCAGGAACUGAACAUCGGACAGCUGUCGGCUGCCACGAUGUGGAGUCAGUUCGCCGUGGACAUGAAGUACGCUCUGGAGGAGCACGAGGCUCAUCGCCUAUGCAAAUCCUCCGCGUACAUGAACCUGCACUUCAAGGUGAAGUGGUUGUACACGAAUUACGUCAAAGACGUCCCUCCCUAUAAGGGAGCCGUGCCCGAGUACCCGGCGUGGUUCGAGCCCUUCGUGAUGCAGUGGCUCAACGAAAACGACGACGUGUCCUUGGAGUACCUCCACGGAGCAUUUACCAGAGACAAAAAGGACGGGUUCCAAAAGAGCAGCGAGCACGCGCUCUUCUCCAAUUCGGUUGUGGACGUGUUCACUCAGCUCACCCAGUGCUUCGACGUAGUCUCGAAGCUCGAGUGUCCUGACCCGGAGAUCUGGAAGCGGUACAUGAAGAGGUUCGCCAAGACGAUAGUGAAGGUACUCAUAGCGUACGCGGACAUCGUCAAGAAGGAGUUUCCCGAGCACCUCAAGGAAGAGCGCAUCGCGUGUAUCCUGAUGAACAACAUCCAGCAGCUGCGCGUGCAGCUAGAGAAGAUGUUCGAGUCGAUGGGCGGCGAGAAGCUGGAAGAAGACGCGGCUAAUAUCCUGAAGGAGCUGCAGCAGACGCUGAACGGGUCCCUCGACGAGCUCGCUCAGCAGUUCGCGUGCAGCCUCGAGCCGAGGAUCACGCAAAGCGUCAAAGAACUCGGCGAUCUCUUGCUGGCGAUUAAAGGGGGCGGACAGCCUGGAACUUUGAAUCAACCGGCGCAGCGCCAGCAGGUGGCGGUGGAGGCGGACGAGGUGCUGAGACCUUUGAUGGACCUACUGGACGGCUCGCUAUCGCUGUACGCGCAGUCGUGCGAGAAGACCGUCCUCAAGAGGCUGCUGAAAGAGCUAUGGAAGAUCGUCAUGAGGAUAUUGGAGAAGACUGUCGUGCUGCCUCCGAUGACGGAUAAAACGAUGAUGUUCAAGAGUUUGACCGACAACGCGAAGAACCUGGCGGCCAACACUAAGAUCGAAGACAUGUCGCGGCUGUUCAAGAACCACAUGACUGGCAAGCAGGACGUGAAGAAUGCGCUUAGCGGGGUCAUGGACAUCUCGAAGGAGGUCGAAAAGAACCUGUCGCCGAAACAGUGCGCCGUCUUAGACGUAGCUCUCGACACCAUCAAGCAGUACUUCCACGCUGGCGGCAACGGACUGAAGAAGGCGUUCCUGGACAAGAGUCCCGAGCUGCAGAGCCUGCGGUACGCGCUCUCGCUGUACACCCAAACCACUGACACCUUGAUCAAGACAUUCGUCACGACCCAAGUCAAUGAAGAUACCGUCGACGGGCAAGAGGGCAGCGUGGGCGAGGUCUCUAUCCAAGUGGACCUCUUUACUCACCCCGGUACCGGGGAGCACAAGGUCACCGUCAAAGUGGUCGCUGCCAACGAUCUGAAAUGGACUCUGGUCUCGGGCAUGUUCAGGCCAUUUGUCGAGGUCAAUCUAAUCGGCCCCCACUUGUCCGACAAGAAGAGGAAACACGCGACCAAGUCCAAAUCGAACAACUGGUCGCCCAAGUACAACGAGACGUUCAAUUUCACAAUCGGAAACGAGGAGCAACUGGAUUACUACGAGCUCCACAUCUGCGUAAAAGACUACUGCUUCGCGAGGGAAGACCGCCUGGUGGGCGUGGCGGUCAUGCAGCUCAAGGACAUAGUUGAUAAGGGUUCCUGCGCUUGUUGGCUGUCCCUCGGCAAACGCAUCCAGAUGGACGAGACCGGCUGGACGAUCCUGCGGAUCCUGUCGCAACGCACAAACGACGAGGUGGCGAAAGAGUUCGUCAAACUGAAGUCGGACAUACGUCAGGACGACGCCAUUCCCAGUCAGUAGGGGGCGCGUAGUUCGCUCGAAUGUGCCUCCUCCACCUCCUCCUCCACAAUGCAAUAAAUCCCACCCCCUCCCUUUGGUCCCGACGACAGGGUGAAGUUUCUCUUGCGUCCCACACCGCGCGCCGCCCCCGGGGCGCCGUUUUGUACUUAAAAAUGUGAUUCAACGUAGCAUCUAAGGUCGCGACAGGAAUAUAAGUGUUUCGUGUAUUUUUUUACCGCUUUUUCCCACCCUCGCCCCGUUACCCUCCCCCCUCUACCGGCACUUACAUAUCGGCAAAGCACACUGGCGCACCGUACACCUACACGCGAACCUAAUUUUCAGUAUUAAUCGGAGAAAAAAGGGGAGGAGCGUCGGGUAACGGGGCGGGGCACGUCGUUAUCCCCCCCCUCGAGGUUCAUUGUUGUCUCGCCCCCCUGUUUUACGCGCCACUGUGAUAUUGGAACGUCCAGCCCUGGUCACAGAAAGACACGUCGAGCACGGUGCGGUUUUAGAUAAGAGGAGGGACGAGCUUAAGUCGUCAUAUCAGACUAUGGGGACCCCAGUUCGUGGAACUUCGUCGGAGGGGUCCAUAGAGUAAUAUUAUUAUCUGAUUUGGUCUGUCGCGCUCGGAUGAUACAAACGUCACUUGGUGACGCUUUUCGGACCACCGGUGAAGUUUCUCGAAAAAUUGAGGCCCGUAUCGGUGAGAAGGGACCAUCGCGUCGGUUAGGUUUAACGUGUGCGUGGGCGUGUGUGUGAGUUUGUUGUUGUAAUAUUAAUUUUAAACUCGUUUUUGAAUAGCGCCAUCUAACGUGCGCACGCUUAAAGCAUUAUUGCAUCAUUUUCAUUAGUUUAGUUUUGUUGGUAUUUCUUUUGGUGGCUUUUUUUUUUUUCGGGUUUUUUGGAGGGAACCCGCAAUCAAAAUUUGUUGAAAUAAAGGUCUCCAAAAGUAAUUUUGGAGGCCAUGAUUGCAUAAAUAUUUUUUUUAUAUUUUAAUUUUGACGGUUUUGGGUUUCGCUUUGUUAGUUUAGUGGGCCCAUUCAUAUAAAAUUUAUAUACAUUAAAAGCGAAGAAUACUAGAUAGAGUAAAAAAAAAAUUAAUGAAAAUGUAGUAAACGAUCGAUGUGAAAUGUGCACACAACAAACCAAGAAUUAACAACUCGUUUUUCCAACACAAACCUCAACAUACGUAUAGUUGGGCAGAUAUAAGAGGAUGGAAAUCAGUAAUGGAUUCUAUAAUAACUAAUAAAAACAUACAGCCUAAGAGCAUACUGGAUAUUCGAGUACUAUCCUCGGCCAACAUAGGAUCAGACCAUCAAUUAGUGUUAAGCAAAAUCAGAUUACAGAGACCACCUUUGAUGAAAAUCCGACCAGAAUUCAUAGAGAAAAGUAAUAUAGAAUCACUAGAAAACGAAAGCACAAAUACUCUGUAUCAAAACAGACUAGAAUUAAAAAUAGAAGAAAACCAAAUAACACGUGCUGGAAAAAAAAUAACAAACAGCUUCAAGAGAAGCACUUGGAACAAGAAAGAUAAAUGUAAAUAACAUAAAAGUCAACAAACCCUGGUAAAAGUCAUAUGCAAAGAAAAAAGAGACGCAUACUUAAAAUAUAGAAGCGACAAAACGCCAGAAGAACACGCAAACAUCAUACAAGAUACAAGAAACCAUCAAGCAUCAAUCAAUCAAUCAUCGGAUGUUGGACAGAUUAGGGAAGAAACGACAACGGCAAGAACAUGGAAACGGAAAAAUAUAUUAAGGUUUACAUGCUGGAAUAUAAUAUCAUGGAACAAGAAAUCAUAAUUGAACUAAAUAAUCAUAAAAUCGUUAUUUGUGCUCUAUCAGAAACCAA